UUGAACAGCUACCUAGCUAGCUUGUCUCAAAGGCAUUUUUUCAACAUAAAGCGCAUUGGUUUUAGAUUCCGAGAGAGAGAAUGGAUCAUAAGUUUUCAAGUACCGUUGUGGUUAUAUUUUUCGGCGUUGUUGCUGCAGUGUUUUUACAAUGCGCAGAAGCACAAACAGUACAUGUGGUGGGAGAUAGCAUUGGUUGGACCGUUCCAACGGGUGGUGCUUCCGCAUAUCAAACUUGGGCGGCCAGUAAGCAGUUCGUGGUUGGGGAUAUCCUCUCAUUCAACUUUGUCACAAAUGCUCACGAUGUUCUUCAAGUGCCAAAAGAAUCCUAUGACAGUUGCAGCUCGUCUAAUCCCAUUGGCGACACCAUCACCACUGGUCCUGUCAACAUAACUCUGUCCACUGCUGGCACCCACUAUUACAUCUGCACUCUCGGUCGGCAUUGUCUUUCAGGACAAAAGUUAUCUAUUAUCGUCUCGAGCUCUCCAGGUGGUGUCCCGCCUACGAGUACGAGUACUCCACCUUCCACCCCAACAACUCCUGCCACACCAUCUCCGACAUCAGGGACCCCUACUGAUUGCGCUCCAACUCCUGCAUCAUCCCCUACUCCAACUCGAGGGACAAUGUCACCACUUGAUUCUUCAUCGUCUAGUGUCUUUGCUAGUUUUUUCGUCUCCUUGUUGUCCAUAGCCAUGGGCUUCCUUUUCUAGGGAAUAAGCAUGGAAUUUAGAGCCGAUAACACACUAAUACGUACUAUUAUGUUAGAAUUUUGUUUGCUUAGUUCUUAUAUUCUCCGACGAUUGAAUUUUGCAUUAAAGCUACAUAAUGUAUUAUUUGUGCA